GAUCAGUGUUGUAUAGUAACGAAGUAAUAAUACUUAAGUACAGUACUUAAGUAUGAUUUGGCAGUACUUGUACUUUACUUGAGUAUUUUUUUUCUUCAUGACUUUUUACUUUUACCCCACUACAUUUUUGAAUGAAAAAAAUGUACUUUUACUCCACUACAUUUUCAAUAAGCUACUUCGUUACUGCUACUUUUACUUAAGUACUUUUCUAACAGGAUUGAGUAAAAAUAUUGAGCAGUUCAGAACUUUGCUCCGUCUCCGGGCCACGAGCCGGCUAAUGAGUGAGACUUGUGCUGCGUUCAUGUGAAGCCAGUUUAGUAGGAAAUACGACUUUCCCAGUGCACAGGACUGAAGGUAGUGUCGUAUUUACCACUGGGAAACGGAGACAUUUACAAAAAAAUAACCUUCCAAAAUGAAGGAUAGAGGCGAAAGAUUUUUAAAUAAUCAGAAAAAUCAAUCAAAUUGUGAAAAGGCAAUUGAUUGAUUUACACAUUUAUUUACAUUUUAUUUAUUUGACGUGACUGUGAAGUUUCAAUAUAUUUUCCCUUGCACAUCUUCUAUAAGAUUAUUUGAAUAAGUCAAACAAAUAUUUUACUUUUUAUUCUGCUUAAAGUUCCCUUUCUCCCUCAAUAAAAUUACAUAAACCACUAAAAACCAGACAGACAACCUCAUAUUUACGAGUUCCUGAGGAGAAAGCUCGUCUUUACCAGAGAACAUGAACGCAGCACUAGCCUGCCUGGGUGCCUGGACCAAGCUAGCUUGGACCCGCCAAUUAAGCAUUUAGCGCUUGGCUGGCACAUGCUUACAAUGGCUGAAAAUGAGACGGAGGCGAGUGAUAAAGACGACCAUCGCAGUGAUGAAGAAAUUCCUUCACUGGAUAAAGACGCUGAACAUCCAUGGCCUUAUCUUCACUCCCUAUUUGAUUGUGUUGGGGUCAAGUCAGAUUCUUUCCGCAUGAAGUGCAUGCUUUGCACUCCAAAGCUAGUUGAAAUAUUGGCUUACAAAAAUUCACCGUCAAAUCUACGGAAGCACGUGAAGAGGAUGCAUCCAGAAAGCCUUGCCAAGUACUCUGCCCUGACUUCUGUUAAAAGAAAGCGAGCCGCUGAGACGUCCACGCAGGUGCAGUCAACACUGCGAACCCAGUGGAGCAUCUUUCCUCAGGGUUCCUUGGACAAAGCGGUCAUGAAGUACAUCAUUACUGGACUCCAGCCCUUUUCUCUCCUUGAACAGGAAUCUUUCAAGAUAUUUGUGAAAGACUUGAUUCCGAAUUCUAGGCUGAUGACUCGCGUGAAGCUUAGAGCCAUGACCAUCGAAGCCGCAACAAAGAUGAAGAAGGCCUUGACGGACAAGAUGGGUGAGGUUGCACACAUCGCAACCACCACAGACUGUUGGACAGUCAGGAGGCGUGGCUUCAUCGGGGUCACUGCACACUGGAUCAAUGAAGAUCUAAAUAGAUGCUCAGUGGCCCUCGCCUGCCGACAGCUUAAAGGCUCUCACACCUUUGACCAGAUCGCUGCAGCUCUAAACGACAUCCACACGGAGUAUGAUAUCCGUGAGAAAAUUGUGAGAACCACCACGGACAGUGGUUCAAACUUUAUAAAAGCCUUCAAGGUGUAUGCAGAAGAGACUGAGAGCACAUCUGAGAGUGAAGAACGGGAGGAUCAUACAGAUGAAGAGAGUGGAGAUGAUGUUGAAGUGGAGAAUGUGGAUGUAGCGGAUCUUCUCUCGCAAGAUGAUGGGAUGGAGUUUCAGCUUCCAAGGCACCAGCGAUGUGCCUGUCACCUAAUCAAUCGCAUCGUAAUGGCUGAUGCCCUCGAUGCAAAAUCGAACGACACUUACAAGAAAGUUUACCGAUCCGCUUUUUCAAAGUGUCAUGCACUGUGGAACAAGUGCGGAAGAUCCACUCUUGCAGCUGAAGCUGUAGAGGAUUCUUGCACUAUCCAGAUUCUACGUCCAAAUACCACAAGAUGGAACUCGCUCUUCCUCGCUGUCGAAAGGCUGCUAAGAAUCAUCAAAGACAAAGGAGAGGGGACCAUCAGAAAUCUUUGCAAUGACUUCAAAGUUCCAAUGUUCAACCCGGCAGAACUGGCGUUUUUGGGAGAGUAUGCCAUUGUGAUGACUCCAGUUGCUCAAGCAACAAACAUCCUCCAAGCAGAAACCAACGCCCAGAUGGGAUGGCUGCUACCGACAAUCACGUUGCUGUCCGUUAAAUUGGACAGAGUAAAGUUGCAGCUGAAAUACUGCAGGCCUCUGGUGGAUGCACUGCAAGUGGGAAGGUAUAAAGACUCGGUUUGGAACAAUGGCAAAAGAUCCUGAGCUGAUUGCGGCAGCAAUUCUUCUGCCCAAGUUUCGGACCACAUGGACAAAGGAGGAAGCUACCAUCAAAAUGGGAAUGGACUACAUCAAACAGCACAUUGAGCAGUCUUCUCCAAGUGAGCAGUCAAGGGCUUCUUCAUCGGAUGAUGAAGACUUCUUCUCACCUCUGCAAUCAUCUCACUCGCAAGAUAGUUCCAAACAGCUUGAUGCCUAUCUGACCUGUUCAGCGGAUCACAUGACUGUGCUGAAAUCUUACCCAGCUGUCUGCGCACUGUCUGUCAAGUUGAAUACCCCUCUUCCAGCCUCCGCAGCAUGUGAAAGGCUUUUCAGCAUUGCAGGACUCGUCUUUGCCCCAAGAAGAGCAAGACUGAAUAGCAAGAACUUCGAAAAUCAGCUUCUUCUAAGGAUGAACCGCAAAUUUUUGAAUUGGUGACAGGUUUUUUCAUAGGGCUGGCCCCUGGUCGCGUGAACUUGUUCUAUUGUUCAAACUCAUUGUUUAAACCAGAUUUGGUUGAUGCAUCAAUUUUCUUACAGAAAAUCCCGGACUGUAAAAAUGUAUGAAAAUGAAGUUAAAGUUUUCAGUUAAGUUGCAUCUCUUUGUACAAUUUUGUUUUUUUUACAAAAGGUGGCAUUUAUUUCCAUAAGUUACCUAAAUAAACCAAAUCUUUUUGAA